AUGGCGGGGUCGAAAGGCGACGAAACUCCCGCGGGCAGCGCGGCAGCGCCGAGUCGAGGCAAGCGAAUGGAAGCCGUGGAGAUUCGCCGGAAGUCGCCCUCUCGGAGUCGUGUGAGGACACCGCCGUCUAUGCGUUGCUCCACAGCGCGACAGUCUUCUUGCGGCGGCGGCCAACUGUCGUGGAUCGUCAUUGUUAUCUUCGUUGUCGAAGCCUUCUGCUUCUUCUCUCUCGGCACUAUCUUCUGCUACUACUUCUGGGGCGACCGUUCCAGCGGCCACCAUUCCAGGGACGCUCUCGCCUCCACCGGCGCGGUCGGCCCAAACCUUUCUUCUGUGGCAGGGACAGAUGCCCCGGGAGACACCACCUCUGUAGCGUCUCCGCCUGCAGCCCGGCUUGGCAGCGGCGGAAAGCCGUGGGGUAGGAAAAUCCCUGGGGGCCUUCCCAACCUUCUGGGCGAGGGAGAAGACCUGCCUUUCGAUCGCAGGCAUCUCCAAUCUUUCUUUGCUCGCAGUGAAAAGACCCGUGCGACGGAGACGCCGUUGCCUUGGGGUGACGACGGGGAGCAUGCCUUCGAGUCGCCCUCUCUCACCGAGCAUCUUGCGUCCUCGUUCGGGGAGCUCCCGGCCGCUGUGGUAGCCCCUGGAAUCUCAGAGCGGCGUCUCGAGGAGGAUGACUCCUCCAUGGGGAGCGAGCCCUCCGAGGACGACGGGAGCGCGGCAGACGACACCGUCACAUACAUCCCGCCGCAUCGGACAGGAAAUGACAUCGACGGCCAGGCGGAAGACACCACCCUGUCGCCCCAGCACACGACGGCCUGGGACGCGUCGUCGUCUUGGAGUCGGGACACCCAGAAGAGCAUGUUCACCGAAGAGUACGAACUGUCGAAUGAAAUGUGGGGACACUCGGAGACCAGCAGCGACAACGGCGAAGAAGAAGAAGACGAACAGUACCUCUUCGACGACGCCCAGAGCCGAAAACCGAAAGGCUUGCUCCCCGAGACUGAGUCCCAAAAGCACCCCGCCGCAGCUGGCCGCCCCGAGCCUGUAGAGCGAAACGACGUAGGCCCUAGCUCCGGGUCCGUCGAGUCGGGAGCCCAGGCGAAAGGCUCUGGAACCAAGAGCUCUCAACCUGCGCGAGGCAACCGACCUAAACGCCGACUCCACCGAAAGCGUGAGAGCAGUCCUGACGUUUCCGAAGAAGAGGUUGCGGGGUCCGAAAGCGACAAAGUUGUCCGCGUGGAGUCCGCGGUGCUGCCCUCUUCCCCCGUGGCGCCAGACAAGGAAGUCGAUACCGAUGGGGGAGUUGCGGCGAAGAAUCUUCCGAGAAAAGACAGCGAUCCGAAGAAAAAGAGAGAAGAAGGAUCACACGCUGGCUUUGACGAGCGUGUAGUCGGCCAUGGGGUCAUGCGUCGGAUGAGAGUGACGCGAGAAAGUCUCGCCAGAAUCGCCAAGAAGAAGCUGCGGCAAUUCCACUGCGACAUGCACCGGCAACAAGUUUGCGACUACCUCAAGUCUGACGAUCAGCAGUACCGCGUCUGGUUCACCCUGUCAGUUCUGUACGGCCUCGAGUGGCCCUUCUACUCGUACGCGGAUGGCGGUGGCAGUCAUUUUCUUCAAGAGCUCCUCGAUCACACGCGCGACUUCGGGCCUCCCGCGGGGGCCAGUUCCCUUGUUCGUAGGCGCUACGAACACUUCCGAGAGUGUGGAAUGCCUCAGGCCUUCGAGAGUGGGCUCAAAACGCUGAUGGAUACUCUGCCGUCGGGGGCCGAGUUUCCCAGUGUUCUCAAGAAGGCGGCGAAGGACGUUCGCUUGCGCAAGGUUCUCUUCGGCAUGGGAGAUGUCCACGUUCCUUUCGACGGGGUGACCACUCUUGCUCACGUCUUUGAUAUGGUGGAAGAUGCUAUGGGCCUCGCCUGGGGGAAGGCUGUUUUCCUUGGACAAGAUCCUACUGCCCCGACUCACUGUAAACCUUUCUCUCUCGAUGAACUGUAUUAUAAGUACAUGUUCGCUUUCAGUGAAAGUCGGCGGUAUUUCUCCAUGGUUAUCCUGCUCAGCCGAGCAAUGCGACAACAUGUCACUCAGAAACCCCACAACGGUAUCAUACUUCUUCUCGUUGAGCAGCCUCACGUCUCCAGCAGCACUUCGACACCCUCGCCAGUUGCGCAAAUGUCCGCGAAAUCUUCCCACUUCCCGCGGCGCCUCUCUGCAAUGCUCUCGAGCAAUGGGCAUGGGCUGCGUUCAAGAGGGGGUUGGGGAGGACGCCGAAUUCCCCAGAUAGGGACAGGUGACUUCGAUCCAGACGCUCUCCAGCGUUUGCAUGAUUUCCAGAUGCUGCAGGAGGAAGUCAGACAAAGUAUUCUCAUGAAACUGGAAAGCGCGAUCAUCCGAUUCUACCCCACAAGCAAAACGAUGCGAAGAGACAUCGUCAAGCUUCCGGAUGUCCGUGUCUCAGGUUUCUUCUUCCGCUCUGCAGAUGGCUGGACACAUGAGAAAGGUCUUGUGGGGCUGGAAAUCGACUUCACGCUGAUGGAGAGGUUCAAGGAGCAAACACCUCCGAAUGGCGUUUUGAUUCAGGUCACCUUGUUGGACUUGUGGGCAACACAACCUAUCGAGGAGUGGCCAGACGUCAUGGAUCCUUCGAAGAAACUUGUUUCCUCGUACACUGCGACGCAGCUGCUCAAAUCGGAACUACAGUGGGACCAGUCGCUGGCAAGUUUUGAGUGGGGUAGGACGAAAUUCAUUUACUCGACCGUCUCUGAGGUGUUUGAAUAUGAGAAAAUCGACACGGUGAAUCGCGUCAGCUUCGACCCAGACAUUCAAGUCAUGCUGCUGCAAAGCUACAGUGAUUUUGUCGCAAACGGCAAGGAAGACGGCAUGAUGGCGAUGAUCAUCGAGGUCCUCCAGCGCAAGCCGCUCGGCCACUCUGGGGUUCCCCGAGAGUUCCGAGCAGACCGCAUAGUCCUGCAAGGCACAGCGACUCCCCUCGAGCAGCGUGGAGGUGGGAAAGGGCAGCUGUAUAGAAAGAUGCAGUUCGGCGCGGGAAUUGACUACGGUGAAGUUCUGCAGAUCGAGAAGGCGAUUCGACAGCACACGGUCAUGUUGCACAUCAAAAUCCUUGGCUUGGGACACGCAGCCGCGGAAGACUGGCGCGGUCUGAAGGCGCACGAAAUCCUCAAUCGUCUCGCCCAACGGCUCCGAGGAACCUUCGAAAUCCACUACGUUAAUCCGGGGAAAAUGCCAGAAAGUCCUCAGGUAGCUACGCGGUCGGUGAAGUGCACCAACGUGAUUCCAGACUGGAUCCUCGCUAUGGCUGUCUUUGCGACGGCGUCCUUCUUUAUCAUCUUCAUCAUUCUGAUGAUGUACCACCGUAAGCUGGAUGUGCCCUGGUGGCUCUCGUGUUGGUGUAGCCGGUUCUCGCCGUGGGAGAAGGACACUGCAGACAAGCAAAGCACCUGUCCAAGUGAUAUGGAGAGCAGCCGAGGCGAAGGCGAUGUGGACCAUGUGCGUAGUCCUGGUGUAAGUGACGAUGAAGACGAGGCAGAGGAUCCAGGAACGAAGCGGUCGAUGGCAUGCAUAAUAGAAGAGGAUUACGAAUGGGGAGAGUAUGGGCAUGCAGGCGAUCUUACACGCGCAAGUGUGCAUGGCUCUCGGGAUCGUAGCUCUUUCGAGCAUGUGGUUGACCCUUCCUUACGGUCACCCUACGCUGGCCCUUCCAGGCCUGGAAGCGGCUGCGGCAGUAACUUCGGAAUCGCUGCGGGGUUCCACCAGAGUUCAUCUUCAAGUGUGGGACUCGCCAGAAAUCCUUCCAGAGGCUAUGAUGAUGUCAACAUGGGGCACCCAGUCGCGCCACGAGGUGUGUUGAAUUCGAUGCCAGUUGUCCGCACGCCUACUCUGACAAGAGCCGUAUCACGGCGAUUGGGCGCAGAAUCAGGUUUCAGCACUCCAAAUGGAUCCAAUAUAUAAGAAAUGAUCUACUGCAACGCGUGAACAGUAGAUGCUGAACAGACCAGACCUGUGAGGCGAUGUGUACGCUGAAGAGCGCGCACGAUGGGCAGGCACAGAUAAGCAAGACCACAGUGAAGGAAAACCCCUUUGA